CGGUGAAAGCCUGAAAGGUGCUGGAGCUUCUAGCGAGACGCCGACUCAAUCGAUACCUAUCUCUGCUUCUCUCGAUUCAUGCGUUCUCUUCUUUGGCAUAGCUGCGCUGCCUGAAUUCAAUCAAUUACUGGUUUUAGGCUUUGUACUUCUAUUGCUGGUUUCAAUCUUCGAUAUUGAAUUUAGGGUUUCGAUUUUUGAUUGUCUGCUUGUCUGAGAUUCGUUUCUUUUUUUACUGCUGUUGUAACGCUACGACUGGAGAGAUAUUUUAAUAUGGAGAUACAAACUAGUGGAAAACCUAUAGAUUCAUUGUUAGAGAGGGUGCUGUGCAUGAACAUUCUGUCUUCUGAUUAUUUCAAAGAGCUGUACCGGUUGAAGACUUACCAUGAAGUGAUUGAUGAAAUCUACAACCAAGUCGACCAUGUGGAGCCGUGGAUGACCGGGAAUUGCCGUGGCCCUUCGACGGCAAUCUGCCUUCUGUACAAGUUUUUCACUAUGAAGCUUACUGUUAAACAAAUGCACGGCCUGUUGAAGCACACGGAUUCUCCUUACAUCAGGGCGAUUGGAUUUCUCUACUUGAGAUAUGCUGCUGAUCCAAAGACACUGUGGAAUUGGUUUGAACCAUAUGUUAAAGAUGAAGAGGAGUUCUCUCCAGGAUCUAGUGGACAAAUGACUACAAUGGGAACAUACGUGCGUGAUCUGCUUCUGGGACAGUAUUACUUUGACACACUCUUUCCUCGCAUCCCUGUUCCUGUAAUGCGUCAGGUUGUAUCUAAUCUUGAAAAGAUGAAGCUUCCUAGCAAGCAUGCUGGUGUGACAGGAGAUACCACCCGUCAUGGAUCUGAGGAGACUGCUCGCCGGCCACCUUCAGUAAAGGCUUCUCUUUCAGUUUCGUUUGGUCAACGUGCUCCACAUCGUGCAUCAACCAGGGACUCAUCACCUGUUCGUCGUACCCUACCGCCACCCCCUUAUCACAGAUCCAGUGGUGAUGAUGGACGAAGAUCUCCUAGCCAUAGAAGCCAGAGUUUUGAUAACUCUGACAAACAAUAUGUAGACAGAGACCGGGGUCGAGACAGAGAUCGAGAUCGGGACCGGGAGAGGGGAAGGGACAGGGAUCGUGGUCAUGAUAGGAACAAGGGCAGGGAUCGGGAUCAUGAAAGGGAGAGGGACAGAGACCGAGUCAGGGAGUUGGAGAGGGACAGGGAGCGGAGGCAUGAUUAUGAUGGGAAAUACAAGUAUUCUGACAGAGAUAAUGGAAAGGAUUAUAAAAGAAGCAGCCAUUAUAAAGAAACUAGUUCUCAUAGAAGCCGCAGCAGGAGUAGGAGCCGGAGCAGGAGCAGAAGUAAGAGCUUGCAAGCUAGUGUUCCACACUUUGAUUCUCGUUCAAGUCCAUGGAGAGAUGGAAACAAGGAUAAGACAGAUGCAUCUAGCAAACUGGCAAAGCUUAAAGAUAUCUAUGGUGAUGGGGGAGAACGGAGAGGAGAUGGUGGCAUGGAAAGGGUUCCUGGAAGAGACAGCGGCGAAGAGGUGAUCAGACUUGGUGGUUCUACAUGGAAGUAAUGAAAAUGGAGGUCGGUCAGAUGAAAUCCAUGCAUUUUGAAAUGCAGCAUCACUCUUGAGAUGCGGAUUCUCUGUCAUCUGAACCAAGAAUACAAACUUCUCAACCUACCCUUUCUCUUAGCAGGCAUGGCUUUUAUGCAUGAUCUCUGUUCCACAACGUUUGGUUUAUUUGCUCGUUACUCUUCUGCAUGUGUAUUACUGUAGUUGUUCUUUUCUGUCCUUUUGCACUUGGGAGGAAAACAAAGAGGGAAUUUGGUUGUUUUCAUUUCUACAUACAAUUCGAUAUUUAUCAGGAUAAAUUGUGCGGGAAAUUGACAGAGAAACAUGCAUAAUUACUUGUUAUGUUUC